AUGGAAGAAGCUGAACUCUGCUUUCCACAAAUCAACACCUCCUGCAGGAAGCUGAGUCACCCUCACCUAGAGGCCUCGCUCAUUUACACUCUGCUGUCAUGCAUCUCUCUGCUCACUGUGUUCCUCAAUCUGCUGGUCAUCGUCUCCAUCUCACACUUCAGGCAGCUCAACACCCCCACCAAGCUCCUCCUCCUCUCUCUGGCUGUCUCAGACUUCCUGGUGGGUUUCCUGCAGAUGCCAGUUGAAAUCAUCCUUUAUGAUGGCUGCUGGAUCCUGGGUGACCUCAUGUGUGCUGUGACCUCCUUUUUAGGCGCCCUCAUUGUCAGUGUCUCGGUAGGAAACAUGGUGCUCAUAUCAGUUGACCGCUACAUAGCUAUUUGUGACCCCAUGUUUUACUCCACCAAAGUCACUCCGCAAAGAGUCCAGCGGUGCAUUUGUCUGUGUUGGAUCAUUUCUGGUUUGCACAACAGCUGGUUGCUGAGAGAUUUACUGAAACAACCAGGCAGGUAUAACUCCUGUUAUGGAGACUGUGCAAUUGUUAUUAAUUAUGUUGAAGGGGCUGUUGACCUUGUUCUUUCCUUUUUCGGCCCCAUUCUUGUCAUAAUAGUUCUGUAUAUGAGAGUGUUUGUGGUGGCUGUGUCUCAGGCUCGAGCCAUGAGGUCUCAUAUUGCAGCUGUCAAACUGCAGGACUCAAAGACAAUAACUGUGAAGAAAUCUGAGCUGAAAGCAGCCAGGACUCUUGGUGUUGUUGUAGUUGUGUUCCUUCUGUGUUCCUUACCGUAUUAUUGUUUCAGUGUUGCAGCUGAGGACAACUUGGUAGGGUCAGCGUCUGCUGCCGUUCAGAUUUGGAUGUUGUAUUUAAACUCGUGUAUAAACCCUGUGAUCUAUGUCUUCUUCUACCCCUGGUUUAAAAAAUCUAUUAAAAUCAUUGUUACACUCCAAAUCCUGCAGCCCCGCUCCUCCGAGACCAACAUGCUGGAGUGAGAGAGAUGUGAUGGAGUGACCAUUCUUUAUACAACCUAAAAUCAGGACAACCAAGUUAUAUUAACAAAAAUAAAUGGCAGUAUGUUCAUAGAAUUCAAUGUAAAAAAAAAAUUGUUUCAUGACUAUGUAGAGUACAAAUAAUAUUAAACACUGUAAUGGAAACUGUUAUAUAAAUUGAGUCAUCAAUACUUUCCACCACAUAUAUCAUCAUUUACUACAUGAAUUAUAUAAAAAGUUCUAUGUUUUCCUGUGAUUGUAGUGUGUCACAU